AUGGCCGCGGCUGCAGAGCCCUGUGUGGGACAGGGAGUCUGGAACUGGACAGAGCCUGAACCCAUUGCUGCCCACCUAUUGAACGUGUGCUUCCUGAAAACGGCAGGGAUCUGGGUACCCCCGAUGUACCUCUGGGUCCUUGGCCCCAUCUACCUCCUCUACAUCCAUCGCCACGGCAACAACUACCUCCGGAUGUCCCCGCUCUUCAAGGCCAAAAUGGGCUUCCAGAGUGACCCCUACUACCACCUGUCGACCUACCUGUGCUUGUCUCUGGUGCUGGCACAGUUUGUGCUGUCCUGCCUCGUCGAUCAACCCCCCUUCUUCCCUAAAGACCCCCAACAGUCUAAUCCAUGCCCAGAGGCUGGAGCUUCCUUCCCUUCCAAGGCCAUGUUCUGGUGGGUUUCUGGGCUGGUCUGGAGAGGCUACAGGAGGCCACUUGGGCCAAAAGACCUCUGGUCACUUGGGCGAGAAAACUCCUCAAAAGAAAUUGUUUCCCAGCUCGAGAGGGCAUGGACGAGAAACCGCAGUGCGGCCCAGAGGCACACCAAGGCAGGAGCAGCUAAAAGGUGUGGCACGGAGGUCCCAGAGACGGAGGUCUUCCUGCAGCAAGAAGGGAGCCAGAGCGGCUCGCUGCUGAGGGCCAUCUGGCAGAUGUUCCGUUCCACCUUCCUCCUGGGGACCCUGAGCCUUGUCAUCUCUGAUGUCUUCAGGUUUGCUGUCCCCAAGCUCCUCAGCCUUUUUCUGGAGUUUAUUGGUAAUCCCACGACCCCGGCCUGGAAAGGGUAUCUCCUCGCGGUGCUGAUGUUCCUCUCUGCCUUCCUGCAAUCAGUAUGGGAGCAGCAGUACAUGUACAGACUCAAGGUGAUGCAGAUGAGGCUGCGAACUGCCAUUACUGGCCUGGUGUACAGGAAGGUCCUGGUCCUGUCCAGCGCCUCCAGAAAAGCCAGCACGGUGGGUGACGUGGUCAACCUGGUGUCCGUGGACGUGCAGCGGCUGACCGAGAGCGUCAUCUACCUUAACGGGCUGUGGCUGCCGAUUAUCUGGAUGAUCAUCUGCUUCGUCUACCUCUGGCAGCUUCUAGGACCCUCUGCCCUCACUGCCAUCGCUGUCUUCCUGAGCCUCCUCCCUCUGAAUUUCUUCAUCACCAAGAAGAGGAAACAGCAUCAGGAGGAGCACAUGAGGCAGAAAGAUUCUCGGGCACGGCUCACCAGCUGCGUCAUCAGGAACAUGAAGAUGGUCAAGUCCCACGGCUGGGAGGGAGCCUUUCUAGAAAGAGUCCUGCACAUCCGGGGCCAGGAGCUGGGUGCCUUGAGGACCUCCAGCCUCCUCUUCUCUGUGUCUCUGGUGUCCUUCCAAGUGUCCACGUUUCUGGUCGCACUGGCGGUGUUUGCUGUUCAUUCGCUGGUGGCUGAGGAGAAUGCCAUGGAUGCUGAGAAAGCUUUUGUGACUCUCGUGGUUCUCGAUAUCCUCACCAAGGCUCAGGGUUUCCUGCCCUUCUCCAUCGACUCCGUGGUCCGGGCCCGGGUGUCCUUGGACCGUCUGGCCGCCUUCCUCUGCCUGGAAGAAGUUGACCCUGGGGCUGUGGACUCAAGUCCCUCCAGACGCUCUGCUGGGGACACGUGCAUCAGCGUGCACAACGGCACCUUCGCCUGGUCCCGAGAAGGCACCCUCUGCCUGCGCAGGAUAAACCUCACUGUGCCCCAGGGUCAUCUGCUGGUGGUUGUUGGUGCAGUGGGGGCAGGGAAGUCCUCUCUGCUCUCUGCCCUGCUUGGGGAACUGUCAAAGGUGGAGGGAUCGGUGACCAUCAAGGGUUCCGUGGCUUACGUGCCCCAGGAGGCCUGGGUCCAGAACACAUCCGUGGUCGAGAAUGUGUGCUUCAGGCAGGAGCUGGACCCGAUGUGGCUGGAGAGGGUCCUGGAGGCCUGUGCCCUGUGGCCAGACGUGUGCAGCUUCCCUGCAGGGGUCCACACCAAAAUUGGGGAGCAGGGCAUGAAUCUCUCCGGGGGCCAGAAGCAGCGACUGAGCCUGGCCCGGGCCGUGUACAGGAAGGCCGCUGUGUAUCUGCUGGAUGACCCCCUGGCAGCCCUGGAUGCCCACGUCGGCCAGCAGGUCUUCAACCAGGUCAUUGGGCCUGACGGGCUGCUCCAGGGAACAACACGGAUUCUCGUGACCCACGCACUCCACGUCCUGCCCCAGGCUGAUUGGAUCGUGGUGCUGGAAGACGGAGCCAUUGCAGAGAUGGGUUCCUACCAGGAGCUUCUACGCAGGAAGGGGGCCCUGGUGGGCCUUCUGGAUGCAGUCAGAAGGCCAGGAGAUAGAGGAGAUGGAGAAACAGAACUCACGACUGAUGCCAAGGACCCCAGAGACCCUGCUGGAAGUGGGAGGCCUGAGGGCAGACCCGAGAGGUCCAUGAAGUUGUUGGUCUCUGAGAAGGACAGAGCCGCUUCAGAGGCCCAGCCAGGGGCUCCCCUGGAUGAUCCAGAGUGGGCAGGAUGGUCAACAGGAGAGGAUGGCAUCCAGUAUGGCAGGGUGAGGGCCACCAUGCACCUGACCUACCUACGGGCUGUGGGUGCCCCACUGUGCCUCUAUGCACUGUUCCUCUUCCUCUGCCAGCAAGUGGCCUCCUUCUGCCGUGGCUACUGGCUGAGCCUGUGGGCCGACGACCCCACUGUGGACGGGCGACAGACCCAGGCGGCUCUGCGUGGCUGGAUCUUCGGGCUCCUGGGCUGCCUCCAAGCCAUUGGGCUGUUUGCCUCCAUGGCCAUGGUGCUCCUGGCAGGAAUCCGGGCAUCCAGACUGCUUUUCCAGAGGCUUCUGUGGGAUGUGGCACAGUGUCCCAUCGGCUUCUUUGAGCGGACGCCCAUCGGGAACUUGCUGAAUCGCUUCUCUAAGGAAACAGACACAGUAGAUGUGGACAUCCCAGACAAACUCCGGUUCUUGCUGAUUUAUGCCUUUGGACUGCUGCAAGUCAGCCUGGUGGUGACGGUGACCACCCCUCUGGCUAUUGUCGCCUUCCUGCCGUUGCUGGUCCUCUAUGCUGGGUUUCAGAGCCUGUACGUGGCCAGCUUAUGCCAGCUCAGACGCCUCGAGUCAGCCAGGCACUCGUUCGUGUGUUCCCAUGUGGCCGACACGUUCCAGGGCAUCACAGUGGUCAGAGCCUUCCAGGCCCAGUGCCCCUUCGUGGCUCAGAAUGACAUGCACGUGGACGAAAGCCAGAGAGUCAGUUUCCCGCGGCUGGUGGCUGACAGGUGGCUGGCUACCAACCUGGAGCUCCUGGGGAAUGUGCUGGUGUUGGCAGCCGCCAUGUGUGCUGUGCUGAGCAAGGCCCACCUUAGCGCCGGCCUUGUGGGCUUCUCUGUUUCCGCUGCCCUCCAGGUGACCCAGACACUGCAGUGGGCUGUCCGCAGCUGGACAGACCUGGAGAGCAGCAUCGUGUCGGUAGAGCGGAUGAAGGACUAUGUCCAGACGCCCAAGGAGGCACCCUGGAGGCUACCCACAUGUGCAGACCGGUCCCCCUGGCCUCACGGGGGGCAGAUUGAGUUCCGGGACUUUGGGCUGAGAUACAGACCUGAGCUCCCACUGGCCGUUCGGGGUGUGUCCUUCAAGAUCGAAGCCGGAGAGAAGGUGGGCAUCGUUGGCAGGACAGGGGCCGGGAAGUCCUCCCUGGCCGGGGGCCUCCUGCGGCUCCUGGAGGCGGCCGAGGGUGGGAUUUGGAUCGACGGGGUCCCCAUCACCCACGUAGGGCUGCACACGCUGCGGUCCAGGAUCACCAUCAUCCCCCAGGACCCCACCCUGUUCCCUGGCUCGCUUCGGAUGAAUCUGGACAUGCUGCAGGAGCACCCGGACCAAGCCAUCUGGGAGGCCUUGGACACGGUGCAGCUCAGAGCCCUGGUGGCCAGCCUGCCUGGCCAGCUGCAGUAUGAGUGUGCUGACCAAGGUUGCAACCUGAGUGUGGGCCAGAAGCAGCUCCUGUGUCUGGCACGUGCCCUUCUCCGGAAAACCCAGAUCCUCAUCCUGGACGAGGCCACAGCCGCCGUGGACCCGGGGACGGAGCUCCAGAUGCAGGCCGCCCUCAGGAGCUCGUUUGCCCAGUGCACAGUGCUGGUCAUUGCCCACCGCCUGCGCUCUGUGAUGGACUGCGCCAGGGUGCUGGUCAUGGACAAGGGGCAGGUGGCAGAGAGUGGCAGCCCGGUCCAGCUGCUGGCCCAGAAGGGCCUGUUUCACAGGCUGGCACAGGAGUCAGGCCUAGUCUGA